AUACGUGUCACCGCUGCCGCUAAACCGCUCAAACUGUCGUGACGUUUGUGUUUAGAAAGUUUGAUGCUACUGAUCGAUGCGUUUAAAAAUCAUUUAGUUGUUUUAAAAAGGCGAAUAAAUCUUCCGCAGACGAAUGGAAACACACAGUCUAAAACACUUCUGCCAGCUGAUGUCCAGUAUUAAUAAAGAGCGUUUAAUUGACUGACAUGUGAGAACAAUGUUGUGCAUCAGUGAUGAUCAGACUGUACUGGUGACUGGAGGAGCUGGAUUCAUUGGAUCUCAUUUAAUCAAUGCAUUGGCUGUGAGAUACCCACACUGGAGAAUCAUCAAUGUAGAUAAUUUGGACUACUGCUCUAGUUUGAAGAACCUCAAAUCUGUGGAGGAAACCAGCACUUAUAAAUUCAUUCUGGGGGAUGUUUGCGAUCCGUUGUUCAUAAAUCAUCUCUUUUCUACUGAAAACAUCAAUAUAGUGUUUCAUUGUGCUGCUCAAACUCAUGUAGAGAACUCUUUCCUGUGUCCGGCGCAGUUCAUGCGUGUGAAUGCCGAUGGCACGGCGGUGUUGGUCAGAGCGGCGUUUGAGGCGCGAGUCGCUCGGUUCAUCUAUGUGAGCACUGACGAGGUGUACGGACACAGUCUGGAGCAGCCGUUUGAUGAAUCCAGUCCAAAGAGGCCGAUCAAUCCGUACUCCUCAUCUAAAGCUGCCGCGGAGAACAUUGUGAUGUCAUACUGGACCAAACACGAGUUUCCCGUCAUCAUAACGAGGAGCAGUAAUGUUUACGGACCACGGCAGUACCAUGAGAAGGUUAUUCCCAGAUUUCUGUCUCUGAUACAACAGGACCGUAAAUGCACUAUUCAGGGCAGCGGUCGGCAGUCACGCCACUUCCUGUAUGUUGAUGAUGUCACAGACGCCUUCCUGACUGUGAUGGAGCAGGGCAUUCUGGGAGAGAUUUACAACAUCGGCACCAGCUUCGAGAUCCCCAUCAUUGAGUUAGCCAGAGAACUAGUGAAUAUGAGAGUGAAGAAUGUUUCUCCUGAUGAAGCUGAUGAUUGGAUAGAGUUUGUUGAAGACCGACCCGUGAGUGAGCUGAGAUACCCCAUGACCUCAGAUAAACUGCACAGACUCGGCUGGAGGCCAAACGUGACGUGGAAGGAGGGAAUCCGACGGACAAUAAAGUGGUAUGAGGAGAAUCCACAGUACUGGCCAUUAAUCACACCGGAACAUUUGACCGCUGCUGCUGACACCGAUGAUCUGCCAAAGACACGCAUCACAUAUAGUCCGACAGACUCACAACAUUUUAUGAAAAAAGAGAUGUUAUUGUAAUAUUUAAUGUGACUGUUUAAUGUCUUAUUAUAUAAAUUUAUAUGCAAGUUUGUCUGAUUGGCUCUUAAAUAAAUGUGUUGGGUUAAUCCAAGUUAAUUUCAUACAGUGAUUGAUGUCCAAUUGAAACUUAUUUUUUAAACCUGUUUGUUAUGGAAACUUUUAUAAGCAUCAUGUAUGUAAACAAUGAAUCCUUUAAUAAACAUUGUAC